CCAGCUUUUGAGCUCGCGUCCCCAGGCCGGCGGGGGGGGAGGGGAAGAGUGGGGACCCCAGGAUCCCCGCCCCCCCCACCCGGCCGCCCUUGCCCCCCGGGACCCGGAGAAGAUGUCUUCGCGGACGGCCCUGGCCCCGGGCAACGAUCGGAACUCGGACACGCAUGGCACCUUGGGCAGUGGCCGCUCCUCAGACAAAGGGCCGUCCUGGUCCAGCCGCUCCCUGGGUGCCCGCUGCCGGAACUCCAUCGCCUCCUGUCCCGAGGAGCAGCCCCACGUGGGCAACUACCGCCUGCUGAGGACCAUCGGGAAGGGCAACUUUGCCAAAGUCAAGCUGGCUCGGCACAUCCUCACCGGUCGGGAGGUCGCCAUCAAGAUCAUCGACAAAACCCAGCUGAACCCCAGCAGCCUGCAGAAGCUGUUCCGAGAAGUCCGCAUCAUGAAGGGCUUAAACCACCCCAACAUCGUGAAGCUCUUCGAGGUGAUCGAGACUGAGAAGACACUGUACCUGGUGAUGGAAUACGCAAGUGCCGGAGAAGUGUUUGACUACCUCGUGUCGCACGGCCGCAUGAAGGAGAAGGAAGCCCGAGCCAAGUUCCGACAGGUCAGGGGCAGGGCUGAGGCUGGGGCGGAGGCGGGUGCCUGGGUCCCUGGGGGGAGGGCCGAGAACCUCCUGCUGGAUGCCGAGGCCAACAUCAAGAUCGCCGACUUCGGCUUCAGCAAUGAGUUCACGCUGGGCUCGAAGCUGGACACGUUCUGCGGGAGCCCCCCGUAUGCCGCCCCGGAGCUGUUCCAGGGCAAGAAGUACGACGGGCCGGAGGUGGACAUCUGGAGCCUCGGCGUCAUCCUGUACACCCUCGUCAGCGGCUCCCUGCCCUUCGACGGGCACAACCUCAAGGAGCUGCGAGAGCGUGUCCUCAGAGGGAAGUACCGGGUCCCUUUCUACAUGUCAACAGACUGUGAGAGCAUCCUGCGGAGAUUUUUGGUGCUGAACCCAGCUAAACGCUGUACUCUCGAGCAAAUCAUGAAAGACAAGUGGAUCAACAUCGGCUACGAGGGUGAGGAGUUGAAGCCAUACACAGAGCCCGAGGAGGACUUCGGGGACACCAAGCGAAUCGAGGUGAUGGUGGGUAUGGGCUACACACGGGAAGAAAUCAAAGAGGCCUUGACCAGCCAGAAGUACAACGAAGUGACCGCCACCUACCUCCUGCUGGGCAGGAAAACUGAGGAGGGUGGGGACCGGGGUGCCCCAGGGCUGGCCCUGGCACGGGUGCGGGCGCCCAGCGACACCACCAAUGGAACGAGCUCCAGCAAAGGCACCAGCCACAGCAAAGGGCAGCGGAGUUCCUCCUCCACCUACCACCGCCAGCGCAGGCAUAGCGACUUCUGCGGCCCGUCCCCAGCACCCCUGCACCCCAAGCGCAGCCCAACGAGCACGGGGGAGACGGAGCUGAAGGAGGAGCGGCUGCCGGGCCGGAAGGCGAGCUGCAGCGCCGCGGGGAGCGGGAGCCGGGGGCUGCCCCCCUCCAGCCCCAUGGUCAGCAGCGCGCACAACCCCAACAAGGCAGAGAUCCCGGAGCGGCGGAAGGACAGCACUAGCACCCCUAACAACCUCCCUCCCAGCAUGAUGGCCCGCAGGAACACCUACGUGUGCACAGAGCGACCGGGGGCUGAGCGCCCGUCACUGUUGCCAAAUGGCAAAGAAAACAGCUCAGGCACCUCACGGGUGCCCCCCGCUUCCCCCUCCAGUCACAGCCUGGCUCCCCCAUCAGGGGAGCGGAGCCGUCUGGCACGAGGCUCCACCAUCCGCAGCACCUUCCAUGGUGGCCAGGUCCGGGACCGGCGGGCAGGGGGCGGGGGUGGCGGGGGUGUGCAGAAUGGGCCCCCUGCCUCUCCCACACUGGCCCACGAGGCCGCACCCCUGCCCGCUGGGCGGCCCCGCCCCACCACCAACCUCUUCACCAAGCUGACCUCCAAAUUGACCCGAAGGGUCGCAGACGAACCUGAGAGAAUCGGGGGACCUGAGGUCACAAGUUGCCAUCUACCUUGGGAUCAAACGGAAACCGCCCCCCGGCUGCUCCGAUUCCCCUGGAGUGUGAAGCUGACCAGCUCGCGCCCUCCCGAGGCCCUGAUGGCAGCUCUCCGCCAGGCCACAGCGGCCGCCCGCUGCCGCUGCCGCCAGCCACAGCCGUUCCUGCUGGCCUGCCUGCACGGGGGUGCGGGCGGGCCCGAGCCCCUGUCCCACUUCGAAGUGGAGGUCUGCCAGCUGCCCCGGCCGGGCCUGCGCGGGGUUCUCUUCCGCCGUGUGGCGGGCACCGCCCUGGCCUUCCGCACCCUCGUCACCCGCAUCUCCAAUGACCUCGAGCUCUGAGCCACCACGGCCUGGGUCCCUUUCUCUUCUCUCGCUUGUCCCCUUCACUUCUACAGGAGGGGCGAGGGGGCAGGGAGGGGAUUCUCCCUUCGUCAUCACCUCAGUUUCCCUGAAUUAGAUUUGGGGGCAGAGAUUGUCCCCUCUGCUGUUCUUUGGGGCCACUGGGCACUGGGGAAGGAGGAGGGGACUUAGUGGGGGGAGCUGGCACCUUCCUGGAGCCUCCAGCCGGUCCUGUCCCCCCUCACCCUGCCACAGGGGCACCUGAGGAGACUUUGGGGGCAGGGCAGGACAGGGGCAGGAAGGGAAACUGAGAAAAUUCUUCCAUUCCUCCCAACAGCUCAAGGAUGCGGCCUUGGGCAGGGACAGGGAGAGCUGCUGAGCCCACGGACUGGAGAACGGGGUGGGGGCUGGGAGCGGGGGUCAGAGAGGCAGAUUCCUUCCCCUCCCCUCCCCUCAUGCUCGAACCCCCUUCCUGCCCCAGGCUGGCGCGGGGCACUUUGUACAAAUCCUUGUAAAUACCCCCACACCCUCCCCCAUGCAGAGGUCUCUUGAGGAGCCGCCGCUGUCACCUCCGGUUUUUAAGUUAUUACACCCCACCCUCCCGUCAGCCCCUCACCUGCAGCCGAUUGCCCAAUAAACUUAGGAGCGUCCCCCCCACGCUGACCCUGGGGUUUUCCUUCCCUGCCCUCACCUGCAAGUGAGUCGAAGAGGAGGUGUGUGACUUUGGGCCAGUGGUUUCUCCUUUCUGAGCCUCGUUUUUCCCAUCCGCAGAAUGGGAGUAGUGGGGGUGUGUGGGUCAAGGAUGGUCGUGGCAGAGGGCGGGACAGAACUCGGCCUCAUCCACUCCCGCCCGCCGUGUUACACUGGACUCUAAACCACUUCUUACUCCAAUAGUACCUUAUUCAAUAAACAGUCAUUGACCAGUGCCUACUC